GGAACUACUAUCGAGAUUCUUCGGACCAUCUUUCCUAGUAUCAUCUCGAUGUUCAUUGCUAUACCAUCAUUUGCUCUCUUAUACUCAAUGGACGAGGUAGUAGUAGAUCCAGCCAUUACUAUCAAAGCUAUUGGACAUCAAUGGUAUCGGACUUAUGAGUAUUCUGACUAUAACAGUUCCGAUGAGCAGUCACUCACUUUUGACAGUUAUAUGAUUCCAGAAGAAGAUCUAGAAUUGGGUCAAUCACGUUUAUUAGAAGUGGACAAUAGAGUGGUUGUACCAGCCAAAACUCAUCUACGUAUUAUUGUAACAUCUGCUGAUGUACCUCAUAGUUGGGCUGUACCUUCCUCAGGUGUCAAAUGUGAUGCUGUACCUGGUCGUUUAAAUCAAAUCUCUAUUUUGGUACAACGAGAAGGAGUUUACUAUGGUCAGUGCAGUGAGAUUUGUGGAACUAAUCAUGCCUUUACGCGUGCGCCCGGAAACAUAGGCCGACUGUUGAGCCCACUCUGGCUCAGCCGCACCACCCGGGGUGCGAGCCACCCGAGAAGCAAGCUAUUACAGCGAGCGGCUGGAGCUGUAGGGAGCCGAGGAGCAAGGCAGUAGAUAAGAUAGAAGAAAGGGCCAGGCACCCG